GCCGGGUAUGAUCGACCCGCACUAGCAAAAAAAAAAAAAAAAAAAAAAAAAAAAGUGAAAGCGCAGGUCUUAGAAGUUAAAGGAGUUAUGAUGGAAAAUAUUGAAAAGGUUCUUGAUCGUGGGGAGAAAAUCGAGUUGCUUGUCGACAAAACUGAAAACCUUCGCUAUCAGGCUCAAGAUUUCAGGCAGCAAGGAACAAAGAUGAGAAGGAAGAUGUGGUUUCAGAACAUGAAGAUAAAACUGAUCGUCUUGGGCAUCAUCAUUGCAUUAAUCCUCAUCAUAAUUUUGUCCAUUUGCCAUGGCUUCAAAUGCUAGUAUGAGCGGAUAUGAGAUCACUGCACCUCCCUCUCCCACUCAAACUGGUGCUUUUGAGUAUAGUGAUAUCAUUUGCUACUACAUAAAAAACUAGUGCUUGGUUGAUGAAUUGUGGUUAAGUGUUCCCCCUCGUGAAUGAGUAUUUUCAUUCUAAUAUUUUCUUGCCUGUUUGGGAACUGGGAUCGGAUUGACUUCGUAAUUUGGAUAUCAUUCCUGUAUAGCCUUGAGUGCUAUUCUUUCUUAAUAUAUCGAGUGGUCGUUCUCUA